GAGUGCGUUAAUCUUUAGAAAAAAGAAAAUUAUCAUGUAAUAUGGCACGACAAAAAAUAAAUAAAUUUAUUAGUUUUUUCAUUUUAAUGUCUCUCCAAGCAUAAUCUGAAAUCCAACCUUUUUUUCUUUAUAUGAAUCUGAAAUUGAACCUUUAUAGUUUAUACCUAUAAUUGGUAGAGAAAGAAGAUGACCUCAGACGGCGGCAUCGAACCAAAACAGGCCACCAGUUGCCACGUGGUGGCGAUGCCCUUUCCGGGCAGAGGCCACAUCAAUCCCAUGAUGAACCUCUGCAAGUUGCUAGCUUCAAAAAAACACGACAUCCUAAUCACCUUUGUUGUCACCCAGGAGUGGCUCGGCUACAUCAGCUCCGAUGACAAGCCGCCCAAUAUUCGCUAUGCUGCCAUACCCAACGUCGUACCUCCAGAGCGGCUAAAAGCCGCUGACUUCCCAGCCUUCUAUGAAGCUGUCAUGACUAAAAUGGAAGCUCCUUUUGAUCAGCUCCUGGAUCGUCUCCUCGAAACGACGCCGUUGAGUCUUAUCAUAGCUGAUAUAGAAGUACUUUGGGGAGUCAAUGUUGGGAAACGAAGGAAUAUUCCUGUGGCCUUGUCUUGGACCAUGUCUGCCUCUUUUUUCAGAAUGUUACAUUUUUUCAAUAAAUUCUCUGAAGAUAGUAAUAGCCCACCUGACCUUUUAUCCAAAUGUAGUGAUGAUGACAAGAAUUUGGAGAGCAUACCAGAACUCUCAUCCUUUGACAUAGAAGAUCUGAAAAUAGUACUCCAUGAAAAUGACCAAAAGGUUUUGAAACUAGCAUUGGAUUGUAUUUCUCAGGUCCCAAAAGCUCAAUUUCUUCUCUUCACUUCAUUCUAUGAACUUGAACCUCAAUCAAUAAACACUCUUAGAUCAGAAUUUUCUUUCCCAGUUUACCCACUUGGCCCAGCUAUUCCAUACUUAGAUCUUCAUGAUCAACACAACAACUCUUCCUCUUCUCAAAGUUAUAUUCAAUGGCUGGAUUCACAGCCAAAAGGGUCUGUUUUAUACAUCUCCUUGGGCAGUUUUCUUUCGGUUUCGAGUACCCAAAUGGACGAAAUCGCUGCUGGGUUAAGGACUGCUGGUGUUAGAUUUUUGUGGAUUGCUCGAUCUGAAGCUCUUCGUUUGAAGGAGAGGUCAGGCGAGUUGGGGUUAAUAUUGCCUUGGUGUGACCAAUUGAAGGUGUUGUAUCAUCCUUCUAUUGGGGGGUUUUGGACUCAUUGUGGGUGGAACUCUACUUUGGAAGCUGUCUUUGGUGGUGUUCCUAUGCUUACUUUUCCUCUGUUUUUAGACCAAGUUCCCAAUAGUAGGGAAAUUGUUGAGGAGUGGAAGGUUGGGUUGAGGGUGAAGGUAGAGGUGGGUAGUGAUGAAAAAUUGACAAUAACAAGAGAUGAGAUUGCUGAGCUUGUGGGAAACUUCAUGGAUUUCGAAGGUGAUGUGGGGAAAGAGAUGAGGAAAAGAGCUGGAGAACUUAGAGAUUUGUGUCAACAAGCCAUUGCUAAAGGUGGAUCUUCUGACAAUUACCUUGAUGCUUUUAUUAGUGAUAUAUGCAAUUUUACACUAGGCCAGUAGGUGGUCAAUCUAGAUGAUAAUAUUAUGAAGGUGGCUUAGCUUGUAUAAUAAUGUCUUAUAAUUUUGGCUUAUAAUAAUUCGAAGAAUUGCACUUC